UAUUCCGAGGAGCCGUCGCCCCCAUCGUCCACCUCCGAAAGCCUGCCGACGCCGCCUCCUCUUCCGUUCCUACCCCGGAACAAAGGUCCACAAAACUCUGAUUUGAUCACAACUAGUCUGCCGGCUCUGCAUCUCCGCCAAAUCGAUCUAGAUUUCUUAGCCAAACAAGUCCCAAUUAUCCUCUAGAUUUCGGAUCGAAUCGUGCCCGCAGGAUAAGGAUAGGUUAGGGUUUGGAGACUCUGUCUAGAUUGAAAGGGAACCUGCGGUGUCUUGGAUCGCAGAUGGAGAUUGCCGGCUCUGGUAUAGCUCGCGCCGCCGUUGAGGUCGCUGCUGCUGCUGACCCUGAUCUUGAAGCCUCUGCUUGUGCCGGAAAGGGAAAAGCCUCUGCUUGUGCUGGAAAGGGGAAAACCUCUGCUGGUGCCGGAAAGGGAAAAGCCUCUGCUACUGCUGGUGCCGGAAAGGGAAAAACCUCUGCUCAUGCCGGAAAGGGGAAAGCCUCUGCUGAUUCUAGAAAGCAGGUAGUUCAGGGCUAUUCAAAGAAUAGAUUGGUCCAAGCCACAGUAUGGUUUCCUUUCUUGAAAGAAGGGCAAUGGGAAAUCGACGGACUUCACUGGGAUGAUGAUAAGCUAGAGAAGGAGAUCGAUGGUUGUCUCCGGCAGUUGAAGGACAACCCCUUUGUCUACUACGGAGGUGCUAUUGAUGACGAGUCUUUUCUUUUCCUUGACGAGCAGCAGCUAACAAUGCUGAAUCGACGUCUUGCGCUGUGUCGCAUCAGAGCUUAUGAGGACAAAUACCAGGAUAUGGACGAUGAAACACUGUCAGGGCUAUUCCCUAAUGACGAUCUCGAUGCCAAUGAGUACUAUUUGGAUUAUGAGCGCAGUUUUGAAUGGUACUUCGAUGAUGUAUACUGCCAAUAUGCUGACUUUCAGGACUACCAGCGACUCGUGCUUCGGAAUACUGGUGAGUAUGAAAAGUGGGAAUAUUACCGCAGGACUUGUAGUACGCUUGAGAGUGAUCAGGAAUAUGUCAAGUUCUGGGAAACAUUGUUAAGUACAACUCAGUUGAUUGGAUGGUACAUAACAAGGACGACCUGUGAGUCAAGAAUUGAGAGGCUGUUCUAUUAUCAUACACUGAAGAUUGCAGCAGUACAUCCCAAUGUUUACAAGACUUUAAUUAGAUCAGGCUGCAUUGAAUUUAGGCGCAGCUUGCAGGUUAAUUAUAUUUGGUCUGUGCCCUAUGCUGAUUACCUAUUUGAGAUGUGCAAGCUGCUUACUGGGGAAAAGCUGAGCUUCAAGGAUGCGUUGAAGCGUCUCUACACCAAUGGCAAGCACUCUUCCAUUUUUGCAAUCCAGGCUGAGUUUGAGCCAAAUUUACAUCCGUUGAAAGAGCUGUAUAAACCCUUCUUGGAUCACAUUGGUGAAAAGGCGGCUGAAGAAGCCCAUCAGUUGAUCAUGGACUAUGUUACAAGACAUGAAAGGCAACCCAAGACAUAUUAUGAUUAUGCGAAAAAGAAGUUGCGUAUUGCUGAAAAGAUUGGUUUGAUCCCCUCAUCGUCCACAAAAGCUCCAUGUGGAAAUGAAGUUAAUACUCACACUGUGAAGCAGGGGAUCGGAAGCAGGGGAAUAUAGGAGUACCAUAUAUAUGUACCUCAAGAAUCAAGAUUCAUUGUUUAGUUAUGUAGCAUCCUAAUAUAUACACUUAA